AUGACCCGGCUGUUGGGCUGUGUCGCCAGCGCCGCGGUGAUCAUGGUGUGUGGGGUGGUAAUGUCCGUGAAGGCUGGUGAAAUUGUUGGUGAUCCCACCAUUGAGGUCGAUGCCGAUGGCCACCUGCAUAUAAGCAGUGGUGGCUCGUCGAGUGACUCACGAAUUUACCUGAACGGCGUGGAUGUGUUGGGCGAGUUGGCCGAGCUGCGAGCGGAAUAUGGUCAGGAUUCCGCCGCGUCGACUCCAAGCGCGACAACACCGCCAGCAUCAACCACCCCGUUUUCUCCAACGGAUCCACCGGUCGUCUAUGAUCAGAGCGUUGGCUGCAAUUUCAUCGACGUGCCGACCAAUGUGACGCACAUCAAAGGCAGCGUCGACCUGAACACCUGCACGUCCCUGCAAGCAUCAGACCUGCAGGUCUUUCAGCGCCUUGUCCGCAUUGAUGAAGAUUUGAGGAUUGCUCAAAAUGGUGCCUUGGCUCAUCUUGACGCGUUUGGCCGCCUCACCACGGUCGGUGGGUCUCUUUAUAUCCAAGCUAACAAGGCACUGAUGGACAUUGACGGCUUGGGAAUGCUGAAGGCAAUUGGCGGUGACCUGUUUAUCUUUGUAGGUUGGGAUGUGCGUCCUGGUAGCGGCAAUUCGCGUCUUGCCAGUCUUGGCGGCUUGCAUCAGCUGUCAACUCUCAACGGUUACCUAUCCAUUUAUGAAAACAAGGCCUUGACAACAAUCGACGGGCUGAGCAACGUGACUCACAUUGGCGGUAACCUGCACAUCAAUGUAUGA